AUGGCCACUGCAGAGUCGUGCCUUGAUAAUCUAAUAAAGUCUGUUGAGAAUGGGGAGGUUACAGUUGCCACACUGAUGUUUCUAGAGAAACAUGCCAGUCAAUUUUUAAAGCUGGGUGAGAUACACCAAAAGAACCAAAAUGUUUCAUUAUCAGUAAAGAAUUCUUUUUCACAACGACUUUCUGAACUGAAGGCUUUCCUCAGAUUAAGAGACCAUCUGGAAUGUUUUAUUCACUUCAGCGACAAAUUCACUUCAG